CCCAUGUGAGACAGUGAGGUUCAAGAAGGGAUUGUAUAUUUGUAUGUAAACUCUUUUUUGUUGUGACUCCUGUCGGCGAAAUGGAUACACAAAGAAAUUCAAAUGUUACGGAACGAGGAGAUAUCAAGAGUAGGCACACUUUACGACGUGAUCAACAAAUAGAUAAUCCUUGUUACAAGGAGCAUCUCAUGUCUUUAAAAUGCGUCACAUCCAAUAAAACCAAGGAUACAUGCACACAAUAUUUUAUCAAUUACAGGAACUGUAAAGAUUUCUGGGCUUCUGUACAACGUGAACGCAGGUUAAAAGGUAUCAAACCAUACCUGCCGCCUCUAGAGGAACGCGCCAAAAUAAAGACCGAUUUCCUAAACUCACAAUGAUAGAUACAACAUAAGGCUUCAU